AAAUCUACUGACGAAGAACACAACUCUGGUAACACACAUUCAACCUUCUACAAAGUAGUCGUCCACAGCAGCACAUAGAUUGUUACCCAUAAAACCACAACAACAAUAACAUGAGUACUAGUUUUAUUCAAAGUGGGAAGACUGAUGAAGGCUUCCGGGAAGGAACUAUGAAGCCUCUUAACAAUCCGAAUAAUUAUUAUGAUAAUGGUUAUGACUUUUAUAAUUAUGCAAGUAGUACAAGUGAUGAUGAUGGUGCUAUCAAUAGUAAUGAUGAAGAUUAUGAUGAUGAAGUCGAUGUCUACUCGGGUAGUAUUUCACCUGAUGUAUUUUCCAUCAAUUCUCAACAGGCUCACUCCUUCAAUAAUAAUAGCUCUUCUAAACUUUCAAACAGCAGUAUUAGUAGUAAUAAGAGAAGCAAUCCUCUUCAACAACUUGUACACAACCUAGAUAACAAAUCACGCUCUCUGAAUGAAACUGACUUUAUUAGUAGUUUUAUGCAAGAUGCUACCUCUCCUAGAACUCCUCUCUCCUUGGCACUGCCUCCAAAUAUAACAACAGAACAAGCCAAGGUAUUGAUUGGUAAUGGAGGAACUAAUCGACACAAGUCUUCUAAGAGAAGGAAACGAGUAAAAUCAAAGAGAGGAAAUGAAGAUAGCUUUAGUAGUACUUCCAUUCAAUUAACAACAACUGUAGGAACAACUAGUGUAAAUACUCCCUCCGCAUCAGCAUCAUCAGUGAGUGUAUUAUCAUCAGUAGCAGCAGCUGAUAAUCUCCAAAACGAUAUUGAACAAAUCUCAUAUAGCAUUUCACAAAUGGAAGAAGCCUUUGAAGCCAUAGUUCAAGUUGCUCCUCUCUUUGGACAAAUGAGAGAAACUAAGAGGGAAUUGUUCUUAUCUGCAUAUGGAGUUUACUUAUUCUUGUACGAUAGAUUAUUGGAUCCAACCCUAGAUAUUGACCAUGGUGAUAGUGCUACUGAUAGGGUUGUUCAAUUAGAGAGAUUGAGUCUGGUGAAAAUCACAAAACUCAUGAUGAAGUUGGUAUUUAAGAAUUUUAUCAACCUUAUUAAUAAGGACGAUGCUUCCUUUCAGUAUGAUAUUGAAUUGUUGAAAAAUUUUAAACUCCCAAAGUUAUCAAAGACUGAAGAGGAUGAAUCUAGUUUUGCUAAAAUUAUCAAUAUUGAAAUGUCAAAUAAUACCGAUGUAAAUAGUGUACGAGAGAAAAUUUUGCAUACAAUACUCGAAACAGGAUUUGUUUCCUGUCUAAGAUUAGGUGUUGAUAUUGCAGGAACUGAUUACUUUAUAUUUGCUUUCUAUUUUGUAGAGCACAUGUUUUAUUCUAAAGAUGGUUUCAAUCAUUUGGAUGCUUUCUCUGAAGAAUUACUAGAUUGUGCCAGGAUAUUUGAGAAUAUUACCUCAAUUUCUUCUAAUAAGGAACCUGUAUCAAUAAUUAGUAAGGAUACACAAGAGACAUCUAGUGAUAUGCAUGCUAAAAACUUUUUUGGAAAUUCAGAGGACAGUUACAUUAUGAUAUUUAAGGAUUGGGAGACUAGUAUCAAUCUUUCCUUAAACUCUUGUAUGACUCUUAUUCAGUCCUUGUUGUUGUACAGCUUGGACUCUGAUAGAAGUCACGAAUCAUUCCUACUUGCACUUCAUGCCCUUGAUAUGGAUAAGAAUAAUAUUUAUGCUUUAUUGUUUAUUCACUUUUACACAAGUAAUGAUGGUCUAAUUGAGGAAGAAGAUAUUCUUCGUUCUAACAAUUGUGGUAAUUUUAUGAAUAAUAGUGCUAUUGCUAAAAACAUUGAAAGAAUAUUCAAAGAAAAUGGUCAAAAGUUGUGUGAACAUUCUAACUUGUUUAAAUUACUUGAAAAAUUGUCAAUAAUAAAAAUUUAAAUGUUU